AUGCGAUCUUCUUUGCGUUUUGCUCAUGCAUCGACAUCUUCAUCUGCCGCUGCAUUGGGUAAAGGCAAACCAAAGAGUCUAUCUUCGGCCCCAAGGCAGGAAACUGGCCACCAUGCAGCCAUGUUGUUUAUGCAGCGUCAUCGUUUCUUUGCACCGGGGGCAUAUUUAGCGGAUGCAACAACAAAUCGUGCUGUUACUUCACCAACUGCUCGUCGUCGGCGUCGGUAUGAGCCAUACUCAUGGGUCUUGCAGCGGUAUAUUGAGCGUGGUUCUGUUGACCUUGAGGCGUUGAUUUUUCAUCCCGAUGCCCCGUCUCCUGUUGAGACGUUGCUUACUGUCAUGCGGCAUCGGACACCGUGUCAACGCCUUACUGUGCACGCACUGGAAGCGGUGUUUAAUCAGACGCGUCUAACGUUUUCGUCAGGCACCGCGUCUUUUACAUUACAGACAGUUAGUCAUUUGCUGCGGUGGCGAUGUCCUCAGUUAUACGACAAUCCUGCUGUACGGGUGCUUCUUUGUCAGGCACUGCUCUUUGAAAACUUGUUUAGUGACGCCAUUGAAGUUCUGCAGGACAUGCCGGACGCAUGGAUCACCCCAGGGCUGUGGGCGGCUGUGAUGGAGGCGGCAGCGGAGGGAAAAAUACCACACUCACCCCUCCUUUGGCGGCUCUUGACACUUGCACCGAAGAAUACUCCCAGCGCAGGCCGCGUCGUGGGAACGGGCCAGCGUAUUCCCACGGAAUUGAUGAGAGAGGAGCCAGUUGCAGCGUCAAAGGCUUCCACGAAACACGGUGGGGAGGCUGAUAAGGGUUAUAAUAAUAACCGAGAUAGUAGAAACACCAUGAACGACGGUGAUAUGGUGACGCUAUCAGCGUUUGAGGUUCGAUUAGCUUCACUGAAACGUCUUGCGCUAGACGCGGGACGACUAGAAUGGUGUCGUUUGAGUAUGGGAGAAGUGGGGUACGCGGAGCAGCAUUACGUGGCUCUGCGUGAUGAACGGGCAUGGGGACUGGGCACUUUGCACCUCAACAGUGAGGAUAAUACUGCAGAGGGCGUUGUUUACGGUCUGGAUGCACGCCUAGCUGCACGCCUCAUGCUGCGAGCGAAUGUGUCUUUUUACGGGCAAGCUUCCCCAUUGAUCGCCCUGCACAUUCUCCGCCGUUAUCUUUCCACGUGUCAUGUGCUGCAGAAACAGGCAGGCCUGGUUAAUGCCACGGCUGCUGAUGGCCCCACCGGGAAAUCUUCACUUUCAGCGGCGAACGCAAGCAUGGUUUUAGUUGCCGGUAGCCACCCAUUGUCGGCAUCCGCCGCGCUCGUUGGGGGGAAGGCGGCUGAAGGUGUGAAGAGACACGAGCAGAUUCACCCAUCACCGUUCUUGCUAUUUUUUAAAAUUGCACGUGAGGCCCGAGAUGUGGUGGCUGGUGGCGGUGACAUCACUGCAGCCUUUGGUCAGUCGCAUAUCACCCCCUCGGGUGGGUUGCCGAUGAUUCACUGGGGUGUUGUCUGGAGAUUCUUCCAGACGCUGAAUCGCGAGUCUCCGGCGUGGUUCACUGUUAUGCCUGAGGAGGCGGGUGAACUCUCGAAAUAUGUCAUUGACGCCCUCUGCCGUGGCGCCAACCCAUGGAUGUCACUCAACGUUGCCCGUGCUGCGUCAUCUCGUCAUGUUGUCGAUGGCCUUGACAUGUCGCUUUGGCUGCUGCACCGUCUUGACGUCUCGCAUCACACCGAGGAGGCCCGUGAGGUGACGAAGAAAGUCUUUCGCUGGCUGCUGGUGGAUGUGGGUGUCCAUCUGCUUCCACAGUUGCACCACCACCUGAUUCCAGCCUCGCGGGUGCUGAUUCGAUUGGGUCUGCACGAGGAGCUAAAGCAGUUUUAUAACGCCGUGCUGGACAACGUCUAUGCCUUUUCGGAGGGCUUCCGUGCUGAUUUUAUGCGCGUCAUGGAGGACUUGGUGUGCCCCAUGUGUAGCUCCAUAUUGCCAGAGCAGGAUGUUUACGUUGAGCGCUCCUGUCCGUUGUGUCUGACGGUUGUACCGUCGAAGGACCCAAACGCGUUGCCAAGUUUUCAGCUGUCAAAUGAACACGUCACACGUCUCCGCGAGAAACGAAAGGCUCUGCGCGCAAAAGGCAGGCGUAACUUGCAUGAGCGCAUUUAUCGCUGGUCAAAGAACGACGAUGACGGAAAAGUUAACUCCCUGCCGUCACAUGAGAAGGGCGAGGCAUCAUCAUCGUUGCCUACUCGACAGCCAUUAGACGCCAGCAGCGUGUUUAAACGCGAGAUACUGGGCGAGACAGUGCCCUUAAUACCCGGCGUACCAGUGGAUCAAAACAUGCCUCUCUUCCAACUUGAGGAGGGUGGGCACGGCGAAAACAUUGAGGGCGCGGGUGUUUCGAUGCUUCCCUUUGACGUUCAUGCGGCCAUGGAGGAAUCAUCUAGACGCUUGCAGUUGCAGGAGGCGGCCCGGCGCUAUGCAUUGGCGCAGCGUGGUGUGUUAACGUCAGCACGACUCCUGGCGGCACCACCAUCGCUGCUCUUAUCGGAUACAUCCCACACAAUGCUGCAACGGCAGCAACAGGGGUGGCAGCGUGGGCAGCAAAACAAGUUGCUCGUGCAUGUGCGGACCGAUGGCCCAUGGAUUUGUGUAUGGUGUCAGGAACACAACUCCGAGUGGGGCUCGCGUGUGCAGUGCACAGCGUGUGGGGCUGAAACAGGCCCAUUAGCACCAUGGCGUCAUUUUGCCUACGCUGAAUCAGGCGAUGUUAUGCAAGAGAUAAGAGCUCGUGUGGCGAAUGCUGAGGCGCGUCCUGUGGAUGCUGUUGUUGCAGCGUACAUGCUUAUGGUGUAUCGCCGUGCCUUCAUGCUAAGGGCCACUCCUCACGAUCAUGAAAGAAUCGAUCAGUUGAUACGAAGGCUAUGUUGGCUACACGAGCGGGUGCUGGCAGGGUAUUUGUAUGUGAGAUUUGUUUCACCACGUUCACGCAGCAAGAAUGACACGUUAUGGGCUGUAGCGAAACUUUUUGGUUGUACUGAGGCGGAGUAUGCGGAGAUUUCCGCGCAGGAAUUGAUUCACAACGAAAAAAAAUUUUUCCAGACCAUCUUUACCCCCACCACAUGCAAGGUGUGCUUUGGUUCACACGCAUGGAAGACAUGCCCCAUCAUCACACGUGACUUUUCUUCAACGACACGUGCAUCUAUUAACAUGUCACCGGAGGAGAAGCAGCGUGCGAUGCUUCAACAUUUACGACUUGUGGUGGAGGCGGCGUUGCAACGCGGCGCGGAAAACAGCCGUCUUGUGGUGGAUGCCUACACCGCCUUUGUAAAGUCCCCUUACAGGGAGCUUUUUGCGGAGGUCCACAGCGAGGAAGUGAACCGACUAUCCAUUUUGCUCAGUCACUAUCAUCAAUACCGACGAGCAGCGUUUUUACUUUGUCACAUUCCGCUGCACCUGCGGAACGAUCAAGCAUAUCUUGUCAUGGCACAUUAUUUCAAUGUCCCCGCGGAAGAGGCACGAGGGCUGUUGCGUAAGCGGAGUGCAGUUGGGGUAGAGGACGAGAGUCACCCAAACUUUGUGCAGGUGGCCCUCACAUGCUGCAUGUGCCUCGACGAGCGACACGCGUCAUUUGAAUGCCCGCGCCUUUUACAGUGGCUGAAUGAAGUUGAUGCACACGGUUCGAUGGUGAGCGUGAGGGCAUCUGAGGCCGUCUUGUAUGACCCUCUGCGCGAGAAUCAGCGGGUAAAACGGCUGCGUGCACAGGUGGAUGGAUGGACGUCUGCCGGCCCCGAAAGACUGCACGCGUUCUAUCGAUUUCUUUUGCAGCGGGUGGACUCGUUUCAAGAGGACCUCCAGGGAGAAGAAAUUGAAGAUGGUGACACCCCAGAUGUUGUGUCGCUGGAAGCCACCACGGCAGUGACUGUACGGAAACCAAAACGACGUAUUGACGCGGAUGACCUUAUUGUUUACGCCAUAAAUAAAACCAUUGCGAAACUCGCGGCGGUUGGACAAGAGAAGGGGGCUUGUCGACUGUACGCGAGGGCCCCUGGGGCGUUUAUCUCCCGCCAUACCACAUAUGCGAUGCUGCGCAUGCAGCGCUUCUCCGAGGACGGUAUCCGUACUCUGUUGAACAGCGGCACUGUGUCUUCAUCCCCAUUGUCGGCUGCGGCAUCGAUUGAUGAUGCGACUGUGUUAGGCCUUUCCAGUGAAGCUGCUUCUGCGGCGGCGGUCCCGUUGCAGAGACACUGCUUGUUAUGUUUUGACCCCGGCCAUGCGUAUUUGGAAUGCCCCGAGCUGUCAGCGCAGCCGACAAACGCGGCGAAACUCGAAUAUGUGGCAACACAGGUGGGCGGUAUUCGCUGCACCUCUGACGGUAUCCGCGCUGCGGCUGCCUACGUGUACCACAUGUACAACCUUGGCAAUCUCACUGGGGAUAUGCUGCGGGCGCAUCCCUCCCUCGUGCGGGCGCUUCUCCGCCUCAUACGACGGUGUUUUGCAACUGGACAAUUGGCUGCAGGUGUCCGGGUGUUGCGUCGAAUUCCCACAGAGGUUGUGCCGCCAGCACGUGUGUACACUGAUCUUUGGCGUGCGGCAGGUUUGCAAGAGGAGGCAGUUGAGGAUCGUAGAGCGCAAUUGUUGGCCAUAUACGAGGCGGAGGGCCUCGUGCCGGACAUUGACCAUCCACCCGCACGUCAGACGUACACAAAUCGCUUGACGACAAAUUUGAGUCGCACCCUCCACGAUGAACUUUGUAGGCACUGCUAUCAACACGGCCACACUCUUGCGACAUGCAGUGUGUUCCACGCCGAGGUGAGCUUUGGUCGAGACUACGUGGCAGCUUAUCGCAUGAGUAUGAUGUCGGAACAAUUAGAUCGGGAUUGGCAGGACGCCUAUCUUUUAAAACUUACCGACUUUUUUCAGACACACCGAAUCUUUAUGCCGUAUCACAUUGUUGGCAUCGCGAACGCGUUAAAUGCCAUUGCAGCAAUGUGGAGCUUCCGCGGAGAACCAGGCAUUGCGAUACGGCAUCUUCUCUCCAUCCCACCCGCGUAUCGUCGACGACAGGCCUUUAAGCACAUUCUUCAUGCAUUAAAUGUACCCGUGGCAGAGGCGAACAGCGUUCUCGCCAACGUCUACUUUUCUCCCGACGAGUUGUCAUCCUCCUUCUCGUCCAGCAAACGACGAGAUGAUUCUCCCACGGUGAUCAGCCAUGGGAGUAGUAAUGACAGUAUUCCUGGGAGUCAAAGCACUAGCAGUGGUGCGGUGGCGCAGCAUUUGCUUAUGCCCAAACCGGCAAUACGUGAUGUGGCCAUGUCAGCCGUGUUGAAUAACUUUCCGGAGGCGUUGGCAGCGAUCGAGAAGAGCGAGGAACGCAUGGCGGCGAUCCGCCGCCGCAACGCGACUCAGCAAGUGGCAGCAGCCCCACGUAUCCAAACUGCCGCCACCGCUGCGAAGGGAGAGGGAGUGACACCAUACCAAGGCAAAGGCGGCACCACAAAAUCAGCCGUGGGGACGCCGUUCUCAUCGUCCACGUCCUUUCCUGCACUCCGCGUGGUGCAGAGUGGUGACAUUCUGGCACUCCGAGAGGACUUCGAUCCUGUACUGACAGAGUUGGAGGUGGCGGUGGGGAUGAAGCUUGGCAGCCGACACGUUCUCUUUACAAGCGCUGUGGAUAUUCUCUCUGCGGCUGCGAGCAAACCAGAGGAUAGCAGACAGGAGCCUCCCCCAUCGUCGCCAUCGGGGAUGAUGUCAUCCGUAGCCGCUGAAGAAAGAAGGGAGGUGGAGAAGGCUGCAAUUGACACCUCACGGGAGCAGCGGUUCUCGGAUGAGGCCACAGUCGUCACUGUCUUCACGAAGGAUUUGAGGCGCGAGCGUGCCGAGAGAAAAAAGGAUGAGCCCCGCAGGUGGGAGGAGGAGCGUGGUGGCAAGCGGUCCGUUUCUUCUUUGCCCGGACAAAAGAAGGAGACAUUUGGCAACCACUCACCCCGUCAGCAGCAGGGAAGACAACAGCAACAACAGCAUCAUUCACGGCGGCCUCGAUACCACGAGAGGCAGCAGCAGCAGCAGCAGCAGCAGUGGAGGGGCAAACGGGCAAAUGACGGGAAUGCACCAAAGUACUCGAAUUGA